AUGGCGCUCUGUCGGCGCAAUAACGUCGUGAAGUGGCCGCAGCUUCGGAUAACGGGUAGUCGGCCGCGCUGCAGAGGAUGUCACGCCGGUUGCAGCGCGCAGUUCCUCCUGGUUGCGGCGCUGCUGGCCGUCGUAAUGACACGUCUAGUGACCAGCGCCAGCGCUCAAGAACCCAUCAUUUCUCAGGCCCAAGAGUCCUCCGAGCACGCGUACGUCGCCGGCUCGCAGGUGAUGACGUGGUGGGGCCAGCGGGGCGACGUGGAGGCCGCCAUCACGCAGCUCGGCGGCGUCCAGCAGUGUCCAGAAGCCGUCAACGCGCGUGUGGACCGAGAUCUCCUCGAGGACGCGGCGCUGGGUCCGUGCAGACAGAGCGCGGCAGGCUACGACGUCAAACAGCUCUUGCAGCCUUCAGCGGAGAUUUUAGUGCCGUCACAGGAGCAGACGACGAGGCUGUGCAGCUCGGAGGCGUGUGCGGCGUGGAUCAGUCUCGCCGUCGACGCGACGUGGCUGCCCGACUGCAGGCAUCGACAGUCACAGGCCAGCGUCCGAUCAUUAGCGGAGACGCUGCUGCGCAUUCGAGAGGAUUUAAUGGCGUCGACAAGUGUGGAGACAGCAGUGGUGGCCCCUAAUGCAAGCUUGUUCCGGGAGUUCUACCAGUUGAAUCAGCUCGUCAACCUGUGGAGCUCCAGAGAAGACAUGCAGAACGACGUGGGCGCGCCGGUGAUGGAGGUGGUCCGGCAUUUGGAGAACUUCAGCCUGAUGGGAUCGGGCGACAGUCCGGAGCUCAGCGCGGCCGUGGAACCUCCCGAAGGCUCCGAAAGAGCGAUGAGUGCAAGCAACGCCGGCUUGAGCAGUCCCAGCAGUGCCAACAGCGCCAGCGCCUCCAAUAGCCUCAGCGGUUCUGGAAGUUCCGGCAGCAACGGCAGCUCCAGCAGUUCCAACAGCGUCGGCGAGUUCCCGUCAGGUAGCGAUUUCAACUCGAGUGAUACUGCUGGCUUCACGAGCAGUGGCGUCGGCCCGCACGCGUCUUCGACGGCGACGACGAGGGAGCUGACGCCUGCUUACGCCUACGUCGUGGGUGCUUGGGUCCUAUUUAACGGCAGCUACUUCUUUCUCAUGCGAAGAAAGUGA